CUUUACUUUACCUGUACCCGAGUUUUGUUUUUCUAAAAAAAAAUCAAAAUCAUUCUUUUAUAGAAAAUUUACGUGGGGAGGUAGGGUCGGUAAUUAUCAUGUGGGCUAUUUGAUGCGUGGUGAUCAUGAGUGAACUUGAUGAGAGACUUCACUGGGCAGCCUAUGAAAGGCACAUCAAUAAAGUAGUUGACUUAUUAAGAAGAGGUGCCUCAGCAAAUUAUAGUUACGAUGGGUGGACACCUCUUCAUUGUGCAGCAUUUAAUGGUGAUUGUGAUGUGAUUAUUGCAUUGGUGAAUGCAAAUGCAAAUAUUCAAGCAACGAAUGACAAGGGGAAAACACCACUGACGUUAUUUGAAGCAAACUACAAAAAACAACACGAUGACCUCACAUUCGGAAAGAGAAAUUCACCUUUGCAUGUAGCUUCUAGACGUGGAGAGGAAGACAAUGUGAAAGCUUUGGUUUGUUUAGGAGCCAAAUUUUCAGUUACAAAUUAUGAGGGUAAGACACCACUGGAACUAUUUGAAGAGAACUGCAGAAAACUAUAUCAGCCCUCCUAUGACAGAAAGGGUAAUUCACCUUUACAUCUAGCUACAAGCCGUGGACAAGAGAACAAAGUGAAAGCAUUGGUGUGUCUAGGUGCUGAUCUUUCAGCUAGAAAUCAUGAGGUUAACUGUUUCUGUGCUCGUAUUGUUACCCAUUAAUGUUGCAAACCAAAUAUUUAUCAUUAUCAUAGUUUAUUAUGCAUUUCUAAACGUGUUUAAAGGGGCACUAGCUACGAGAUGUAUAAAAAUAAAAGUAUGAUUUGUUUUUGUUCAAUCAAUUAUGAAAGUGAAAUAGUGAAAUAAUAAUUCGCUUUAGCAGCCAAAAUGGUUCAUUUUUGUUAAAUUAAUCUAAAUAAUAUUGAUAAUGAAUGAUUCACUUGCGAGAGAAUAAGUCGACCUCAUUAAAUCCGUAUUCAUGUGAAUUUAACCCCUUAACUAGAGGAUGGACAACGCAUGCUUUGUACGUGUACUGUUUAUUUAAAGGAAAGGAAUUUUAACAUUAAAAGUGAAACAAAGGUUAUUCAUUUGAUGACUGAUUCGAUCCACUAAAAAUCUUUCUUCUACAUGUAAAAACGACAGGAAAUAUAUAUUUUUAAUCUUUAAAGUAAAAUUAAACAGACCUAUAAAAGUUCAAAUGCACGUGUUGGCUUACACUAUUUAUAUCGAAUCAUUAGUAUAUCUAUGUUUACAUCGCUUAUAUGGUCAUCUGAGGUCAACUCGAUAUAAAGUCUAGACUUAAAUACACACGAAACGAAACUACAUAUUAUUAACCCUAUGCUCUGUAAACUGUUUAUUUCACACUUUUGAUAGUUUGGCUAAAUGUUUUAAAUUGUUAUAAAUAAAAUAUGAAAGUUUGAGAUAAAUCGGUGACCAUGAAUUUGACAGCUAGUGCCCCUUUAACACAGAUGUUUUAAACAUUUCUCAUAUUUUCUUUUUCUUUCUUUUUUUGGGAGUGGGAAAAUACUAUCUAUGUACUUAUUUAUGUAUUAACAGGUGUAUUCACACAGGUUUAUUUGUUUAAACCACAAACCGAUGAAUUUUAA